AUGCCUCAUGCACAAGAGCUGUCCGAAUUCACUCCGGACCACUAUCCUCCAUUUCCAGAGUCUGCCGAGUUUCCUACCAUCGACUUGGAGACCAUAUCUCUAGCCAGACUUCAGGAUGGUGAUCCGCGGGAGCUAGAUAGAGUCUUUGAAGCAUGCAAGAGCUGGGGCUUCUUCUAUCUUGAGCUCCCAGGUUGCGAGCAAGGCGACACCAUCGCCAAUGGAGCCGACGACAUCUGCCGUGUCGCCGAGAAAGUAUUUCACCUACCUCUUGACGAGAAGCUGAAAUAUGAGUUUCAAGGCAAAGACAUAUUUGGCUACAAGGGGGCUGGGCGCACAGUCACCGACAAGAACAAGACUCCCGACACGGCAGAGUUCUUCAAUGUCGCAAAGAACGACAUGAUUGUCGAGGACGGCAAGAUGCGUUCGCAAUGGCCCGACGUUGUCAAAGAAAACAAGCCUCUGUUCCGCAAAUACCAAAUCGCAGCCCACUCCAUCGGCAUGCAAAUCCUCGAAAUACUGGCGAAUAGAUUAGGGAUCGACCCAAACGAAUUGCACAGCCGUCACGAGCUUCAGAAGCUGGCUGGAGAUCACGUCCGCAUGACUAGAGGUCCACCGCGGAAGAAUAUUGAGAUGCCAGAGAUCCAAACGCCAUCGCACACCGACUUCGGCACCAUCACGAUUCUUAUGAACUGGCUCGGUGGCUUGCAAGUCUACGCUACGCCCAACAAGGUGCUGGGAAAUCUGUCGUACGACGACGACGAUGAAGGAGAGUGGCGCUGGGUCAAGCCCAAGAAGAAUUGCGCCAUCAUCAAUCUUGGCGAUGCUGCAGUCAAAUUCACCAACGGAGUACUCUGCUCUGGACGACACCGCGUCGUGCCCUCCCCUGGCGAGCAGGGGAAAUGGCCGAGGUACAGUAUUGUGUACUUUGUUCGGCCCAAUGAUGAUUGCAAUCUGAAGCCGCUGAAGGGUCACGGAGUACCAGAGUCCGAUGAGCAGAAUGCAGAGGGCAUCAAUGCCAAAGAAUGGAUCUUCAUGCAGACAGAGAGGUUGAGGACUGGGUACGCGAACUAG